GACAGCGAGUCCCAGGGUGAAAUUUUGGUGAUAGAGGCACAACCUGCAGGGGUUAAGAGUGGGAAGAGGAAGAGAAAUCCCCCUGUAUGGUUUCGUGACUACACGGAGAUGAAGAAGAAACAGAGGCCUUCUUCGACGUUUGAUCCCCUAGCGCCACUAGAUGAGCGAUUGUUGGAUACUUUCCGAAAGUGGUGUUCUAGACUCAUUCCUAACCACCGACUUCGGGAUUUGAAAAGUGGUGAUUAUGGUCCAUCGUUCUUUUGGAAGCUGUUGACACUACAGGAAUGGCUUACAGAUGACCAUAUAGAUGCAGCAGUCCAUAUGCUGAGGAGACGACGCUUCGACUAUCCACUGACAUUUCCUCAGAAGGGUAUCAUUCUCUCUACAUUCGUUACCAGCAUGAUCAGCAGUGCAUGGACGAAUCACAAGGGUCCCAGGAGAAACUUUGUGUGGGAGGAUUAUAUCCUGGAGUACUGUAGAGGUGUUCAUUAGGUAUUGUUUUUGUAAGAUUUUAAGUGUUGAACUAUGAUUAUAAGUUUAUUAUGGUUUGUUAAUUGUUUAGCUUUUCUCCAUAAUUACAGACCCAAUUCUUUUCGAGAUGGAGGGGUAAUGAGUUCAUUUACUUCCUUUUGCAUCUUCCCGACCAUAGGCACUGGGUGACUGUUGAAGUUGACAUAAAGCUGUGGAAAAUUAAUGUGUAUGACUGCGAUUCCAGCAUUUGUCAUUGGACCGCCAUGACACCCAUCUUG